UCCUUUGUUCGUUUGGUCUAAAAUUAACGAAAAGGCACUACUCGUAGUAUUUCUAGAAAUUAACGAAAAGUCGACAACUGGACCUUGAAAAUUCACAUUCACAUGCUGCUUGCUCUGAAUAAAAAAAUGAAUGGAAAAACAAAAAAAGAAAACGCGGAGAGGAGGCUUCAUGUUGACCGACAGACAGGAGGAGGAAGACGACGGCGAGGCUCAAGCUCAACUGAAGAAGCCCCAAGAAAGCAGAGCAACCUCCUGCAAUGGCGGUCGGCUAUAUAUAUCCACCUCUCUCGUCCCCAAAUUCUUUUCCAUCCUCGUCCACACCCUCCUCCGGGCAGCCUGCCUCCAGCCACAACAACAACCACCACCACCGCCACAGUCCCGUCCUGUCCUCCUCCUCCUCCUCCUCAUUCCCGUUCCCCCCACCAUGGCCGCGGCCGCCGGGUACUGGCUCGCGGAGCACCCGGCCAUCGUGGGGUUCCGGUGGAGCCCCACACACCUAUGGUUCUCCACCUGGGCCUUCCUCCUCGGCUCCCUCGCCGCCUACGUCAUCCUCUGCCUGGCUCUGGACGCCGUGCUGAGCCUCGCCGCCGCCGCCACCGCCCCUCGCCCUCCCAAGCGCCGCCGCGCGCCGCUCGCCGUCCCACUAGGUCCUCUCCCGGCAGCGCACGCGCUGCUGAUGGCGGCCGCAUCAUCCGCCAUCUUCGCGGGGACGCUGCUAUCAGCGGUAGCCGAGAUACGCGACACGCGGUGGUCGUGGCGCGGGCGGAGCCGCACCACACCGCUCCGGUGGCUCCUCUGCUUCCCUCCGGGCACCCGCUCCUCCGGCCGCGUCUUCUUCUGGUCCUACGCCUACUACCUCUCCCGGUACCUCCACGCGGCGCGGGGCGUGUUCGCGGUGCUGCGCCGGAGGCGCGGCGCAGCGGCAAGGGUGUUCGCGCACGCCGCCUCCGUCGCCAUGGCGUUCCUGUGGCUCGAGUUCUCCCAGUCGUUCCAGGUGCUCGCCAUCCUGGCGUCCACGCUCGCGGACGCCGUCGCGCUCGGGUACAGGUUCUGGGUCGGCGCCGGACUCCCCGCCGCCGGGGCCGGCGGCGCCGCACCCGUCGCGCUCGCCUGCCAGCUCGGACUCCUCGGGUGCAACCUCGCCUGCCACGUCGGCGUCGUCUGGAUGCACUUCGGCGCCGUCGGUGGUGGGUGCAGCGGGAUUGGUGCGUGGGUCUUCAACACCCUGCUCAACGCCGCGCUGCUCUGGGUCUUCCUGCAUUGCUACGGCAAGCGCGACGUCUGCGACGACGACGGCGGCGCCGUUGCCGCCGGCGAUGCCACAGCCACCAAGGAGCUAUGAAUUGGAUGAUAAAAUCAAUUCAAUCAGGCGAUGGCCGACGACCUCCAAACAAUCCAAAUCCCCCUGCUCUGCUGCUAUUGCUGCUGUAAUAUUUUUGUAAAUAUAGGCCCCGUCCGGCCCGGCGACGGAAGGAGGAGAAAUUAAACCACAACCAGCCAACCAAAAAAAAGAAGAACAAGAUAAGGGAUGGAUGACGGCGAUCGAUUCCAUAGAUGUGAUGAUGAUCCUCCGUUCUUGCAAGUUUGCAUUUUUUGCAGGAGGGAGGGAGAUCAUCGGAUCGAACGCAAUGUACUAAUCCCUGCUUGUUUGCUUAGUUUUCUUUUUUUGAUGAUUACUACUACUAGUCGUCCGUCGAUUCUUGUGUUCAUUCAAUCACUGUACAUUGGUACGAGUAAACACUCAAGAACAUGAGAAUGGGAGAAGAGGAAGAAAAAAAAAUACGCCACGAAGUUUUGCAAACCGAGAAGGAACUGCUCCUGUUCCUGUGCCUGAUAUAAGAUAUUUUCGCCUGAUAAAAAUGCUACCUUUA